AUGCAAAAAAGAGUAUUAACGAAUCGUUCAGCAAGCAGAGGAUCCGUUAUUUGUUUGGCAAUUUUCAUUCUUUCAUUUUGUGAUCAGGUGGCAACAGGUGAGUGAGAGUUUGAAGCAGGUUCAGUUUUCUUAUUGUUUUUUAUAACCCUGCCGGUCAAAGUCUCAUUUAAAGAGAUCUUUUGGUGGCGCGCUAACACUAAUACAACAAUGGAGGCUAUGUUCAUGGGCAUUAAUAUGUUUUGGGUCCGACUCUGAGUCAUUUUAGCUCGAGUUUGUAUGAGCUGGUAUUUUUAAGUUAUUGGAUUACUCAAUAACAUCAAAAUAUUAUGGAUUGUCUCAAGAGGAGCCUCCUUAAUUGUGCGAGCGAUCUCGGAUUUGCCAUGUAGCACAUUAUACUAAACCCCCCACAGAUUAAUAUCGUUAUGCAUAUCCUUCAUACGGUUCUCUACAAAUUUCCUGGGCAAUGAGAAAGGGAGAUUCCGUGAACAAUUAACAGAUUCUUUAGUUGAUCAUCAUGAACUUUAUGUGUGAUUCAGAUUUUACACUGAAGGGAGAAAUGAGAUGCUAGUCACUCUUAGGAACAGAAGACUUAAGUCAGAAUCGUGUUCUAGUAAAAGAGAUUCUUGUUUACAGCUAAUUGAUUCAUUUUCAAUCGAAGAGCUACUUAUUGUCCAUGCCAGCUCCGAAAGCAAAGAGUACUGGGUACCACGGGAACAGGUGACGCUUGGUGUUCAGGACAGUGACACGAUUAAGUACCUGAUGGACCAGCUGUGUACCAUUUUCCACAGGUCACGUAAAAUGGCCCUUCAUAAGGAAAAUUACCCGUGUAGGAGCCGGUCAAAUUCUCUCAUGUUGUUUAAUCCGGUGACUAAAGCAGAGUACAGAUUUGUGAAUACCACGCUUAAACAGAAUAAGAUAAGGAAUGGGACGCGGCUGUACUUAUAUUACUCCUGA